UUGACAUUUCUGAAUGUGGCGACGGUGGAAAACGGGAAGCAGAAACUGAGGAGAGAGGAAGAAGAAGAAGUGUGUAUAAUGAGACCUCUGCUGCUGCGCUCCUCGCUCGGCUGCCUCGCGACACAUUUCGGCUCAUCGGCUUCUCGAAACAAACUCGUGACACAAGCAACAUCCGCUCCUCAUCUGUUGUAUCUCAGAAAAACCAUGCACUAUCAGACGGAGGAGAGAGGACGCCCCCAUUCACCUGACUACCGGAUUUAUUUUAAAACCUCUGACGGAAAAUACAUUUCACCAUUCCAUGACAUCCCACUUAUAGCGGACACAGAACAGGAAAACGAUGUGCCUGCUAAAAAGUCCAAGAAGAGUGAGGUUCUCUAUAACAUGGUAGUGGAGGUGCCUCGAUGGUCAAAUGCUAAAAUGGAGAUUGCAACAAAGGAACCGCUGAACCCGAUCAAACAAGAUGUAAAGAAAGGAAAGCUCCGAUAUGUUGCCAACGUUUUUCCCCAUAAAGGUUAUAUUUGGAAUUAUGGGGCACUUCCACAGACAUGGGAGGACCCAGACCACACGGACACAGAGACAAAGUGUUGCGGUGACAAUGAUCCCAUUGAUGUUUGUGAGAUCGGCACCAAGGUGUGUGUUCCAGGUCAGGUGAUCCAAGUGAAAGUGCUCGGCAUCUUGGCCAUGAUCGACGAGGGAGAAAUGGACUGGAAGGUCAUCGCUAUCAAUGCUGAGGACCCCGAUGCCAAACACAUGAAUAGCAUAGAGGACGUCCGGAAGAGCCGGCCCGGUCAUUUAGAGGCCACUGUCGACUGGUUUAGGAAGUACAAGGUGCCCGAUGGAAAGCCUGAGAACCAAUUUGGAUUCAAUGGACAAUUUAAAGACAAGGAUUUUGCAGUUGAGAUCAUAAAGUCCACCCAUGAGCACUGGAGGGCACUAGUGCAGAAGCAGGAGAAUAGUGGAGGGAUUGAAUGCAAAAAUAUCUCCUGCUGUGAGAGCCCUUUCAAAUGCAGUGCAGAUGAGGCCAAAGAUGUGGUGGAAUCGGCUCCUGCAUUUGGCAGCGCACAUCCCGUGUCUCCAGAGGUGGACAAGUGGCAUUUUGUCUGAAGCCCUAGAGACAACAUGGAAAUCAACAAAACAUCCUAGCGUCUAAUGAAGCAGCUGCAUCUUGUGUAUUCAGCUGGAUUUUUUUUGGUAAGGACUCAUUCUCGGCUGUAUAAAGUGCCAUCCAGGUUUAUCAUCCAUUCAUUUGUUGGGAAAAAUAAACAUGCUGAUACCCAGGAGAUUGAAAAUACCAGCUGGGGAAGAUCUGCACUUUUGUACGAGAUGUGUUUUUAAGUGUCAUGUCUGACACCAGAUUGAUUUAUAAUCAUUCAGAGGUUAAUCAGAAACAUUAUUUGUGUCUUUUCUAUUAAACUGUAAUUUUUGUUGUAUGUGUA